UAACCCUCUGCUUGUGAGAAGUCAAGAUGUCGACGGUCAGAUCUGCGCUCGGAAUGUCUGGCUCGGCGUAAAUGUUUAAGGUACAUUUUCAAGAAAACUAGUAGAGGUCACUUUCAAAAACCGAACUGCGAACGUCUCUUAAUUAAGAGAGCUGUGAUCGAGUGCAAAUCCAAAAGAACUUCUAUCGUCAAACUUUAAAGAGGAUUGGACACAGGCUAUAGAAGUCGAUUUCAGGUUGUGUUGUAACAUGUGAGCUCAAAGAGAAGAGGUUACGUAACACAAGACUAACUACAAGGAUCAGCCCAUGUCAAAAACAUUAGUCAAAGAAAACCCUUGCAAAGGUACCUGAAGGCUUGAUGAAUGACACUCCAGUCUAAAAAUAGACACAGCAAGUUAAGAACAGAGAGACUCGACAAAAAAAUAACGAUCAAUGUCAGCGGUCGGCGUUUUUGUACGUGGGAUAGCACGUUGAAAAAGCAUCCAAAUACUCUGUUAGGAAGCGAUGCGAUCAAAGGGUACUUCGACAAUGACAAAAAUGAGUACUUCCUGGACAGAGACCCUCACAUGUUUCGUUACAUUCUCAACUACUAUCGCGAUGGAAAACUACAUUAUUCCUACGACGACUGCUUCGGAGCUUUCAACGAAGAACUGAGUUUUUACGGAAUCGAAGCUGAUAAUCUAAAUGAAUGUUGCUGGGAGGAAUGUUACAAUCUCUCCAAGAAAAUUUGUUCUAAAGAUCAAGAAGUUUCGAAGUGUUCCUGCAGUGAGCCAGUUCCACGAAAAUCUUUCCUUCGAAAAUUUUUCUGGAACCUUCUCGAAAACACAGAAAAUCCGCCACGAGUAGGAAGAUACAUUCAAAGCUUUCUCGGUAUUCUCAUAUAUAUUAGUGUUGUAGGUACAAUCGUCGAGACUGAGAGGUGCUGUAAAGAUAAAACUUGCGAAGAAACAUACCCUCGCUUAUUUUUUGCUGUGGAUGCGUUCUGCAUGAUUCUCUUCACCGCUGAAUACAUCUUUAGACUCUACGCCUCUGAAAACCGUCUUAAAUUCAUCAUUAACAAGAUGAACAUCGUGGAUUUACUGGCAGUUACGCCUUUUUACGUCAUUCUAAUAUUCAAUCAUUUCUCUCAGGACUCUUCGUCCGCGGUGGAGAACGCGAGCAGUCUAAAUGUCCUGCGCAUGCUCCGAGUUUUUCGCAUUUUCAAGCUCUCACGUCAUUCGAAACACAUGAGGCAGAUGGGAAGGGCGUUAAAACGCGCUAUCGUCGACCUAGGGUUCCUGUUCUUUGCAUUUCUGUUGACGAACAUGGUAUUUUCAAGCGUGCUAUACUACAUCGAACAAAUGGAGGCACAGAAGACUAAAUUCAAGAGUAUUCCAGACAGUAUGUGGUACACCAUUAUUACUAUGAUGACAGUGGGGUAUGGUGACAUGAUUCCUAUCACUGAUCUGGGAAAAAUUUUGGGUUCGUUAUGCUGCCUCUCAGGUAUCAUCAUGUUGGCUCUUCCAAUACCCAUAAUACAGGAAGGAAGCGCAGAAGUCAGAGAAAAAGAACAACAACAACAAAGCGGCAACAACAAUGGCAAGAAUGACAGUAACACUCAACAAUAAACUGUUUCGAGAGGCGCCUGCUACAAGCAACAGUCUAGCAGUGUUAUGAGGACAAUCAUAAAGCUUUAUGGGACAUCGUAGUCGCUUGUGUCUGGUCUUGUGUCAAAUAUAUCGUAACUUUAUUGAAGAGGCCAAAAUAUUACCGAAGAACAGUUCAAAAGCGAUUAUAGCUAAGGAUCCUUGUUUUUCAGUGUAUACCACUAAGUGAUAGCUGACUGAUUUUAGCUAUGGGUCCCUGUUUUUGAUUUUAGCCAAGGAUACCUGUUUUUUAGUGUAUACCACUAUAUGAUAGCUGACUGAGUUUAGCAAAGGAUACUUGUUUUCAGUGCCUACCACUAAAUGAUAGCUAACUGAUUUUAGCUAAGGAUACCUAUUUUCAGUGUAUACAACUACAUCAUAACUGACUGAUUUUAGCCAAGGAUACCUGUUUUUUGGUGUAUACCACUAAAUGAUAGCUGACUGAUUUUAGCUAAGGAUACCUGUUUUCAGUGUAUACAACUACAUGAUAACUGACUGAUUUUAGUUAAGGAUCCCUGUUUUUUUUGUGUAUACCACUACAUAAUAGCUAAUCGAUUUUAAGCCAAGAAUAACCGUUUUUCAGUGUAUACCACUAGCUGACAACCGAUGGAUUCUGUAAAACAAGGUUACAUUGUUACAAUUUCUCCAUGUUGACUUGAAGGCAUCGCAGGAUACUUUGCCUUUGAUCCCCUUAAAAUGGGUUUUAAUGAACACAGUGCUAAAUAAUCUAGUUUUCUAGUAAAAAGAAAAACUGACAACUACUUAAUUUGUAUGAGUUAUGGAAUGCAGGGGCAUAUUGGUAAAGUUUGAUACUUCCGUUAUUUGUAACCAGCUUAAAUCAGUUAAAUAUACUGUUGAAACUUUGGUGAAAAAGCAAAAGAUUGCUCGCAUUCUUUCCUUCA